AUGUUGGAAGGUAUAAGUAAUGAUUCAAAAGCUUCGCAAGAAGUUCGUGCUCGUGCAACAAAACUUCUCCAAAAAAAGAAGGUUGAUGGCAAAACUCGUGCAGUUUUGGUAGAUACAACUAGUCAUUAUAUAAAUACAUCACCUUCAUCAUCAUCUGCAUCUGUAUCAAAUAGAAAACGAAAUGCUAUAGAAACAAUAGACACUUCUUCUGGAAAAAGACAAUGUGUGGUUCCAGAUAUAGAACACCUUUUUCCUGGUGUAGAUGUGCCUCUGCGAGUUGAUAAAUCGACAAAUAUUCUCGAGGUGUUGAAGUUGGCAAUUCGUACAUUCGAUCAAGCAACUAUUACACUAGCAUCGGUUCGCGCAUAUAAAGAAUCGAACCAUUUGCGUGUGGACUCUGAGACAAAUGCGAAAGUUCCCAGAGAGAGUGUAUAUGAUGCAGAAAUGUACAGAGUUCUUCUAAAUUGGCUCAAAAUCAUUCAUAAAUUUGAAAUUACCGGACAGUGGCAUCUCGGGCAAGUUUGUGAGGAUGGGGAUUAUCACCACCUGUAUUGUGAUCUGACAAUUAAAAAAAGUGAUUCCCCCAAUCCUGUAGCUGUUCUUGAAUUAUUGGCGACAGCAUCACCACCAAAGCUCGACAGCCAUUUCGAGCAAGUAUUUAAGUAUGCCCAACAACUAAACCCCUUAGAAGUUUGGGUUGUACAUUUUUCUCGUGAGGAUGGUGUCGUUGAAAAUCCCUAUUGGCCCUGUAAACAGCUACAGGAAAGGGGGCUUAAUGUCGUGCACUUAUGGCAUGACAAAGAAUUCAAAAACGUCCGGAUGAGUGCUAGAUCCCGAGAUGCCUCCGGUAAUUUCUAUGACAUUAUAGAUGAACAAAUUCUCCCCUAA